GCCCGCUCCCACUGAGGUCACGCCCAACAACAGUGGCCUCCUGCAGAUCGACGGCACCUGCGGCCCCUGCCCGUCGUCUCCCGAGGCACCCAACGGCGAGCAGUGGUGGCUCGACUGCGGUCUCGACGGCGCCGGUUGGGCCCCGCCUCACAUCACCCUCGACCAGCUCAAGUACAUCGACCUGAAUGGCGAUGGCAUCUUCGCGCCCUGCACCCAGUACUUCGACCAAUUCUACCGCUACGGUGGCGAGUUUGGCAUUCCUCCCAUCAUGCUGGCCUCCAUCGCUCUUCAGGAGUCGACGUGCCGGCCUUGGCUCGUCGGCGGUAUUGGAGAGCAGGGCCUCAUGCAGCUCCUCGGCCCCAACUGCGACGGUGCGCCUAACGGUAACUGCCAGGACGUUGACUUCAACGUUCGCCGCGGCGCCGAGUACCUUCGCAAGCGCAUUGACGAGCACAACGGCAGCGUCCUCGCAGGUCUUGGCGCCUACAACGGCUGGCGCAUCGGUGUCACUGCUGGCGAGGUCUACAACAUGAAGAACGAGGGCCGCUGCUGGGCUCAGCCCAACCUUGACUACAUGCACCAGAUGCUCAACGGCUGGCUCCAAGGCAAGGAGGGCUGGAAGAUGGGCAAGUGGUUCAACCGCAACGACUGCUAAACGCGACUUGUCGCGGCGGCCCCAGACAAGGCUCCGUAGAUCCCUUCGCCCUCUUAUUUCUUCAAUCUCGCAUUCACAUAAACCCUUCUCCCUCUGUAUACAGCCGGUCUGUACUGAAUACGUCCGCCAUGCUGCAUGCUGCAUACGAGUCUGUCCUUGUCUCGUUCCCUGAUUACCGCGAUGUUUGAGCGCAAUGCCGGAGGUUCAUCCGCUCUGCCCUGCUGCGCCCAGACACUUGGCAUGCGGAGCCCGGUGCUGCUGCCUGGGUUCCGUGGGAUGCUUCACAUUAAGCUGCAGCCCAGAGUCCAUCCAGCUUGGCAUGUGGGUUGUGCGGCCAUUGCGGUGCGGAGGAGUUGUGACACAAAGACGAAAGGUUGACUUCAUGAGUUCGCGG